AUGGUGUACGGAAUGGGAUCUAAUUAUUACGGAUCUCUUGGUUUGGGUGACAAUCAAUAUGUCAAUGAAAUCCAAGUGAUCGACAGAUUGUGUCACAAGAAUAUCACACAAUUCUUCAAUGGAGUGGACUUUGUAUUAGCCCUCACUCAACAUAAUUGUCUUUAUGGUUGGGGUUAUAAUAAUAAGGGACAGUUAGGUAUCGCACCCAUCAGUGGAGAUGGCUCAUAUUUAGAACCGGUAGCUUUUGAUCAUAAAUACAUCGAUAAUAAGUCUAUUUAUCUAAUAAGUUGUGGUUAUUAUCACACAAUGAUACUCACGAGUGAUGGCUGUGUCUAUGGAUGGGGUCAUAAUAUGUUCGGACAGUUAAGUUGUGGACCAGAAAGUGAUAUACAAAAUGGUGAAACAUUUCGAGUGAAUUUCAACCCUAAUCACGAAAUUAAAAGCAUUUAUUGUUGUGUUUACUCUUCAUUUGCCAUCACAUCUGAGGGACAGGUGUUUAGUUGGGGUCGAAAUGAUUGGUAUAAUUUGGGACACAAUUCAUCGGAUAAUAUANCUGAGGGACAGGUGUUUAGUUGGGGUCGAAAUGAUUGGUAUAAUUUGGGACACAAUUCAUCGGAUAAUAUAUGGGAACCACAACUCAUUGCAGACUUGACUGAGUACUGUACGUACAGACAGUCAGUCAUUGACUUCACGACUAACAGUGUUAUCGAUAUUGUUUCCGAAGUGAGUCAAUACACGAGUUUGUUCCAAGAGUUGCAUUCAUUAGGUUCGGGAUCUUUUGGGGAAGUGAUGACAAUUUACGGGAAUGUUUGCAAGAAAUACAAAAAUUGA